AUCAUUCACAACUUGCAGCUAACAAUUCUUCAUCGGAAUAAGUCACCGUCGCCGGCACCGGAGAACAAAAAGGUCUUAAAAAAUUGGAAAAUGGAAGCAGAAAAUGAUCUAAAUCUGAAGGCAACUGAGCUAAGACUAGGUUUACCUGGUACAGAACUAGAGCCUUGUACUAGUCUUGCUGCUAAAAUUGGCAAAAAAAGAUGUUUAUCAGAGAUGGAUAACUCUUUAGACAUAAACCAUGAUCAGCAAGAUUCCUCCCCUGCACCAAAAGCACAUAUUGUUGGUUGGCCACCAGUAAGAUCUUACAGGAAAAAUAUUGUUAAAGCCGAGAAAUUAGACACUGAUGUUUCCUUAGGGAUGUAUGUGAAAGUUAGCAUGGAUGGAGCACCUUAUCUUAGGAAAAUUGACCUUAGGGUUUACAAAAGUUACCAAGAAUUACUCAAGGCUUUGGAGAACAUGUUCAAGCACUCCUCCGGUAUAUACUUGGAAAAUAAAGGAUACACUAGUGGAUCCGAUUAUGUACCAACUUAUAAAGACAAAGAUGGUGAUUGGAUGCUUGUUGGAGAUGUACCAUGGGCUAUGUUCAUUAAUUCUUGCAGAAGACUUAGAAUCAUGAAAGGGUAUGAAGCUAAAGGUUUGGCAUGCCUAUUAUAGCAACCCCACAUGGUUUUUUAUCACGUCGAAGCAGAUUUAGGACGAGUUCUGCGAAUUCAACUGAAAUCGUCGCUUUUGACUCGAAUUAUGUAUAAAUAUAUACAUAUGAUAAUUUCUAGAUUUUUUUUGUCUUUGAAUUUUCUGUAUAUUUUAAGAGUAUAUAUAUACACGGGAAUACACAAUUUUACC